AUGGCACGCGCCUACCUCGCGGUGGACGUCGAGCUCGCGUCGGCGUUCCUGGCGGCCCAGGAGGACAAGGGCCUGCGCUGGCUCAAGGCCAAGGUCGAGGGCGAGGCCGUGCGCCUCGUGUCGUCCGGGCGCAUGGGCGCCUCCAUCGGCGCCGACUUCGACGCGCUGCAGGCCGACGCGAGCCUGGCCAUCGACGAGCCGGCCUUCGUGCUCUUCAGCCGCGACGCCGAGGCGCUCGCGGCCGGCGCGGCGCGGUCGUGGCAGCUCGUGUGCUGGGUGCCCGACUCCGCGGCGCCGCGGCUGAAGAUGAUCUACAGCAGCUCGCGCGAGGACCUGAAGGGCAGCCUGGGCGGUGGCUUCUUCAGCAGCUUCAAGGACUACUGCGCCAACGACGGCGGCGACAUGGCCUGGUCGCACGUGGCCGGCGCCGAGGCGGGCGGCGCGCCCGCGCCGCUCACGGACAAGGAGCUCUUCCUGAAGGAGGAGCAGAAGCUGGAGAAGGACACGCGGAGCAGCGUCGGCAUGGCGUCCGUGCCCUUCCGCCUCGCCGACGACCUCGAGGCGGCGCUGCGGGCCUUCGUCGCGGGCGAGGCGGACUUCGUCGAGGCCGUCGUCGGCGACUGCGAGACGCUCAAGCUCGCGGCGCCGCACCAGACGCUCGGCGGCGCGGGCGACCUCAAGGACGCGCUCAGCGCCCUCGACGCGCCGCGCUUCCUGCUCGUGGCCAAGCCCAAGCCCGGCGGCGGCGCGGCGAAGCUCUUCGUCUACUACUGCCCCGAGUCCGCGCCCGUCAAGGCGAAGAUGACCUACUCGACGGCCAAGGCGACCUUCGCCGACAUCCUCGCGGGGCCCCUCGGCGUCGACCCGGAGAAGACCCUCGAGGUCCGCGACGCCGGCGACCUCCAGGCGGACGUCGACGCGGUCGUCGCGCCGCCGGCCGACGACCGCGCGAUCAAGCACGCGGCCAACUCCAAGCCCAAGGGGCCCGGCCGCCGCUCGACGACGCGCGGCUCCGCGAAACUGAAGAAGUGGACGCCCGAGGGCUGA